AUGACAUCUUCCAGCGAGACAGCGCUCUCUUUCCUGGCCAAAGCUUUCCUCUCGUCGCUGGUCAACGCGUUCCUUGUUGCCUCAAUGAUCAGGAGGCGGAAGCCCAAGAAGGCUAAGCAGCGCCGCAAGACGUCCGUCUACGUGGAGGCGGCACAAGAACAAGCAAGGGACUUUGUGAUUGUGGACCCGAUUGAGGAGGGUGACAAGGUCAAGGGCGAGAUUUGCUUUAUUCUCUUACCGGACCAUAUCAAACACUUGCUGGAGGAAGACAACUGGCCAAAGCAGUUCAAGGCAGCAGCAGAGAAGAAGCUUGGAAACGCGAGAUCAUCUGAAGGAGACGCAGCGCGUGCAAGUCGCAGUCAUGACGGAGACGACGAGGACGGCAGUGACGGUGGUGAUGGAGAGACGAACGACGACUGGAUGAUGAUGCGCAACCCGAAUCGCAUGUGUUCGGAAGAUGACGAUGAUUCCUCUGCCGACGAGGACGAGGAGUCGAGCUAGGCGUGCGUGCGUGCGUGUGUGUGUAAGUGCGUAUUUGUGUGUGUGUGUGUGUUUGAGUAAGUGAGUGUGCGU